AUGAACCAGAUGAACGUUGCUGGGAUGAACCCCGGGGUCGGUGGCCCCGUUGGCGGUGUCCCGAUGAUCAACAACGGCUCGACAGCUCCUCGUAACGACGGCAACAUGAACAACCCCGAGAUCAUGAUCAACAAUCUCAACACCUAUAUCUACGACUAUUUCCUUAAACGCGGUUACCACGACUGUGCUCGCGCCCUCGUCCAGGAUGAAUCUAUCAAGCUGAACACCGACUCCGGGAAGACCAGUCCGGGUAGUCGCGACAUGAAUGGCGUUGACGAUAUGAUGACCGACGGCAAGGACGGCGAGAAGAUAAAGAUCCCAGAUGAUCUUCCUCGGCCAAGCCUUCCCAGCGAAGGCCAACAGUCUUCUUUCCUCCUCGACUGGUUUAGUCUCUUUUGGGAUUUCUUCUGGGCUCAACGGAAGAAGGGGAACAGCAACGACGUGAGACAGUAUCUUCAGCACACUCAGAAUAUCAUGCGUAUGCGGGAACAGCAGCACAACCAGCUGUUGCGGCAGCAACCCAUGAUGCCCGGCCAAAUGAAUCCGAUGAAUAUGCGCCCCCGCAAUGGCAUGGUCCCCCCUAAUCUGCAGAAGACAGUGCUCCAGAACAACUCGCUAUCUCCGCAGCAGAUCGCGCAGUUGCAGAAGAACCAGCAGAUGCAGAUCAUGCAGCACCAGAUGCAAAGGGACCAGUCUGAUAUGGACAUGAACGGGCAUCGACCGCAAUCACCUGCGUCCGCUGACAAUGCCCCGUCGCCGUCGAAACGCCCACGCCUGGAAGGUGGUCCUAAUGGCCAGCAGUUGGCACCGAACGGACAACGUCAAGGCCAAGGGAUGCCAGGCCAGCCGAACCCGCAGAUGGUCAUGCAGAAUGGUCCCAUGGCCCAGAGAGGCAUGAACCAGGCUCAGUUCCAGCAGUUCCAGGGACAGCCUGGACAGCAGAAGAACAUGCAGGUAAGUGCCCAAAAUUUCGCCUUUUAUCACUCUCGCUUAGCAUCACCCCAGGGUAUGCCGAAUGGUGGCUUGAUGAACGCUGGUGUCAUGCCCAACCAAGAUCUUAUGCCGAUGCCGGACGGCCAAGGAAUGUACCCCAUGGGUCCUGAGUACUUCGGCGCCAACGGUCAGAUGGGCCAGGUCCGACCUGGAAUGCAGACGCCUGGCGCUCAGCCCGGCAACCAUGCUCUCCAGGAUUAUCAAAUGCAACUGAUGCUUCUCGAGCAACAGAACAAGCGACGUCUGAUGAUGGCCCGUCAGGAGCAGGACAACAUGACCCGUACUGAUGGCCAGCCCCCGAUGCCCGGACAGGGACUGCCCCCAGGCACCUCUCCUCAGGGUAGUCGGGCCGGUGCAUCCCCGAAUCCGAACGAUCAGAUGAAGCGGGGUACGCCGAAGAUGCCUCAGAGCGGCCUUCCUGGAUCGCCCAGUGCUGGCGACGCAAUGGGUCAGAACCGUGGCUCGCCGGGCUCCAUGAAUCUGAAUGGUGGCCAGAUGGUUCCGGACAUGGCAGGCCAGUUCUUCCCACAGAACAUGCGGCCUCCGAGCUCCAACCCGGCGUUUACCGGAGCGCAGAUGGGCCAGCCUAUUCCCGCAAACGCUGGCCAACGAAUGCCUAGCGGAAGCUGGCAGCCGGGCGCCCAGGGCCAGCCUAUGGCUCCACAGCAGUCUCCUGUAAACCAGGUUCAGGCGGGCACCCCACAAGAGCGUGGCGCGAUGCCACCUCCCCAGGCACCACCUGGUGCCGGAGCCAACGCUGGCCGUACUCAACCGGCCUCUCCCCAGACCGGUGGCAAUGCACCUCCGACGCCCCAGCAGUCCUCCAAACCCGCGCCCAAGGGCGGCAAGAAGGCUGCGAACGCAAAGCGACCUAAGGGGAAGAACGCGAACGCGGCUGCUGCGACGCCAUCCUCUGAAGCGGCGACAGCAGAGCCGCCUACUCCCCAGACGCCCUCCACGCCCCAGCAUCCUCAGUCCUUCAGCAAGACUGGGGGGAACGCAACCACGGGUGCGCAGGCGCCGCCCACCACAGCCGCGGCUCCACCGCCAAUGGUCCACCAACCGCCGGAUCAGAGCCAGCAAACCUUCCAAGAUCUCAGCAUCCCUGAUGUUUCCGCCUUCAACCUCAACUUCAGCCCACUGGAGAACCAGGAUCUCCUGGAGAACUUUGAUUUCGACACGUUCCUCAAUACAGACGCGGACACUGCUGGUUUCGGCUUUGAUCCGAAUAUCUCCUACCCGGCGGACGGUGUUGAGACGGGGGCCGACGGCCUGUGA